AUGGCAGAUGAUAGGAAGGAUGAAGCCAAGGCACCGCACUGGACUUCAAGUCAACUAACAGAGGCUUCUUCACACCCGCAUUCCCCUGAAAUUAAGGAGCAAGCUGGUGCAGGUGCCGGACUGGUCAGAAGUGCCAAUGGAUUUCCAUACAGAGAGGAUGAGGAAGCAGGAUAUGGUGAACGCGGGCAACAGGGCACAUACUCUAGAACCAAAGAGAAUGGGAUCAAUGGAGAGCUAUCCACAGGAGACAGAGAAACAGCAGAGGAAGUGUCUGCAAGGAUAGUCCAAGUAGUAACGGCUGAAGCUGUAGCAGUCCUGAAAGGUGAACAGGAAAAAGAAGCCCAGCACAAAGAUCAGCCUGGACCAUUACCUUUAGCAGUUGAAGAAUCAGCUAAUCUGCCUCCUUCCCCGCCUCCAUCACCAGCCUCAGAACAGACUGGAACACUGGCAGAAGAAGAAGAAACAGUAGAGAGUCCAAUGGCUGAGGAAGCGAAACCAGCAGUUCUUCCUGGAAAGGAGCUGGGGAAAGACAAUGGGUCUGCUGAGCCUUCAGAGGAGGCAGAGGGCCAGCUGGAUUCUGGUUCGGAGGCCAAAGUGUAUCGUGAAGACAGUGUGCUAAGUGUGGCACCCAGCGGGAAAAGCGUAACAGUUGUCGAGGAGGUGCCCCUGAAAGCAAAUAUACCUUCCUUGGCUGAGGAAGAUUUACUUACAGCCUCGAAGAUGGAAAUCCGUGACCAGGAGGGCACAGGCCCUUUCACAGCUGAGCCAUUAGACACAAAGGAUCGUGAGUCAGAGAAAGACAGUAAGACUGAUGAGCAAUCUAAACAUGAUGCCUUAGUUCCACAGCCAGCAAAAACUGAGACUCUAGAUAAAAAGGAGUCACGGGGCAAAGAAGAAGAGAAAAUGCAUCCAACUGUGUCGGGACAGACUUUGGAUGCAGAUCUGCAAAAGAAAGGGGACGUAAGUUUUGCAGACUCAGGUGCUGAUUCAACUGCAGAGUCUCUUGUAUCUCAAGGAUGCAGGGACUUGUCAGCUGACCUGCCGAAGGAGAGUAAAACAGAUGGAAGGAGUACAGAUACCCAGAUACCAUCUAACCAGGCUAUACCCCUGACAUAUAAAGAUGACUUUACAGAAACCCAGAAGAGUAAUCUUGCUCUUUUGCCUUCAGAAUCUAGAAUUGACGUGUCUGGUGCUGCCAAAAGUGAACCUCUUUCAGAAACUCCAAUGAUUGUCUCACAGAAAUCACAACUUGAAGACAGUUGCAAAACAAAACAAGAGUUCCCUGACAAAGAGAUUGCCAAAGAUCUUUCGAAAGAUGAAAAGAUCCACAAAGACAAAACAGAAAAGCCAGAGGCAGGAGAUGUCUCUGCAAUGGCUGCAGAUGCCCCCAAACCAACUACAGAGGAAAGACCCAUCCAGAAAGUUUCUACCUGGGGGGAAGAAAAGGACAUGACAAGGGACGAGAGUGACGAGGAGGAAGGAUACGGCUUCCUGGAUUGGCAGCCCUCCAAAGUAUUAGAUGAUAGUAAACUUUAUGUGGAGCAGGAAGAUAAAAUAGUUGUUCCAGACAAAGCAGUUGUUAGUGAAGCUAAAAAGUCAUCUGAUGGUCUCCAAGCAGAAGAAGAGACUGAUCGAACUGGGGUCUCAACAGUAGUAGAUGCCAAAAAGGAAGAGCAGCAGAGCACAGAGACCCCCAUUGGCAAGUUAAGCCAUGAAUCAGUUCCUGAGAAAGCAAAAGAACCUAUAGAUACAGUUCAGUUAUCUAAAAUAACAGAAAAAGCUCCUGAUGCACCAAGGUUAACAAGUGAAAAGGGCCCAACUCAUGAACUUCGUCAAGACAGAACUAUUGAAAAGGAUGCUAAGGAGGAUACAUUCCAUAUCUCAGAUUCAGCUACUCGUGAAAUACAGGUAGAGGAGGAUAGGUCAGGAAUGUCAAAGUAUUUUGAAACAUCUGCUUUGAAAGAGGAAGCAACAAAAAGUGACACACAGCAGCAAGGCAGUGAUUACUAUGAACUAAGUGACACUAAGGAAAGUGCAUAUGAACUUUAUCAUGCAGAUCCUCUACUAUCUAAAAAGGAAGACAAAAAAUUAGAGCCAGAAACAGAUCAACCAUCCAGUGUCCCUGCUCAUGAAAUAGGAUAUAGUACUCUUGCUCAGAGUUUUCCAUCAGAUAAGUCUGAGGAACCUAGCUCUCCACAGGAAAGGAUGUUCACUAUUGAUCCCAAAGUGUAUGGGGAUAAGAGACAAAUCCAUAGUAAAAAUAAAGAUGAUUUGACUCUAAGCAGGAGCUUAGGACUUGGAGGAAGAUCUGCAAUAGAACAGCGGAGUAUGUCAAUUAACCUGCCAAUGUCCUGUCUAGAUUCUAUAGCACUAGGAUUCAGCUUUGGCCGUGCUCAGGAUCUCUCUCCCCUCGCUUCAGAUAUUCUAACAAACACUAGUGGGAGCAUGGAUGAAGGUGAUGAUUACUUCCCAGCAACCACCCCGGCAUUAGAGAGAGCCCCCUGUUUCCCUAUAGAUAGUACAGAGGAAGAUGAAAACAUUGAGGAGGAAAAAGCAAUGGAAGAAGAAAAUAUUCAGGUUGAAACCUUGUGUGAGUCGCCCUUCCUGGCUAAAGAUUAUUACAAAAAUGGGGCUGUAAUGGCCCCUGAUUUGCCUGAAAUGUUAGACCUAGCAGGCACAAGGUCUAGAUUAGCUUCUAUGAGUGCUGAUACAGAAGUGGCACGAAGAAAAUCGGUUCCUUCCGAUGCUGCUGUAGAAGACAGUGGUGUGUCCCUGCCUCCUGUGACUGAUGAAAACCACAUAACUCUAAAAGCUGAAAGUCAGCUAGAAGACUUAGGCUACUGCGUUUUCAAUAAGUACACAGUCCCACUACCUUCUCCAGUCCAGGACAGCGAGAGCUUAACAGGUGAAAUCUGCCCCUUUUAUGAAGGCGGGGAUGAAAAAAUGAGAAGAGGCCUGGCAGCUGACCUCUCUUUGAUAGAAGUGAAGUUGGCAGCAGCUGAAAAGUCUAAAGAAGAAUUCAGCAGCAAAAAAGACUUGAGUCCAAACAUCUCCAGUGAUGCAACAGUUCUGGGAAGGGAGUUUGAGCAGGAGAAAAAAGGCUCUGAUAAGCUAGAUACCGUGCUAGAAAAAAGUGAGGAACAAGUUGAUUCCAAAGAAAUCUAUUCCCUUGAAGAUACAAAACAUGAGAAAAAAAGGCCUGAUGCAAUUUUAGAAAUGAAAGAAGAAGGUACAGUUGAUAAAGUUCCUGUAGCCGGGCCAGAGAGUGAUAGUGCAUAUGACAAAGCAUUAGAAAAAGAGGUAACAAAAGAAAAAGAUCUUGUUUCUUUACUGACUCAGAAGGAAGAAAACUCUCUUAGCAUUAUACCAAAGGUAGCUGAGAUAGAAACACCACACAGGCCAGACUACGAUGCUAUAAAACACGAUAUGGAUGUUGCUGCCAGGAGAGCUGACCAAGAAUACCAGACUCAGCUACAUACUGAGAUCAGUGAGUUUGCUGCAACUGGUUCAAAGCAGGACACAGAUUCUGUUAAAAAAGCAGAGCCUGAAUCCCAAGAAGCUCAGCAGCAGCAAAAGGACCUGGCCUCUUUGCCCAAAGAACCAAAGGAGACAGAUGUUCUUUCAAGAACUGAGCCUAGUGAAAUGAAGGACAGCACCAAACUAUCUGAGUCUGAAAUUAAGGAGAAAGUGCCUAAGCCUGAUCUGGUGCAUCAGGAAGCAGUAGAUAAAGAAGAAUCUUACGAGUCUAGCGGAGAACAUGAUCAAAUCCAAGAAGACUUAAAUGGAGAAUCUUUGAAACCUGAUGACGGCAAAAUAGAACCUCAGAAACCACCUGUAUCAGAAGAAGAGAUUACAUCACUAUUGCCAGUGGAAGAACCUUCCAUCGAGCUUGCCAUUUCAGAAGCUGAUUCUGUGCAAGAAGAGCCAGCUGACAUCCAAAUGGAGAGCAUACCACAGCCUAAAGAAGAAAUUAAAGAGACGACUCCAGACAUAGCUGUGAGACCUGCAGAAACCACGGAGCAGCUAUUGUGUGAUUUAACACCUGAGUCUGUAAAAGGCAAAGAGCAUGAAGAAAAAGAAGAUGAAGAAGAAGAAGAAGAUAAGCAUCAACUCGUGUCAGACAUGCACCAAGAAAUAGAGUUGGAGGCACCUGCUGGAGAAGAGGCGCCGACUGAGGCUGGCCCAGAGGAAAUGCCUGAACUGAAAGGAGUUAUUGAGUCUGUUGUGACAAUUGAGGAUGACUUCAUCACGGUGGUGCAGAUGACUGUGGAUGAGGGCGAAUCUGCCUCUCACAGCGUACGCUUUGCUGCCGCACAGCAGGAAGAAAUGGAAAGAAGGGACUCCCUGCCUGAAGAGGAAGUGGAGAUGGAGAUGGAGGAACCCGCUGACAUCCAGGCAGAGCCCAAAGAGGGCUCGCUGGAAGCUCCCGCUUCACCCGAGAAGGAGGAGAUCCUGCUAACUGAUUACAAGACAGAGACAUAUGAUGAUUACAAAGAUGAAACAACUAUCGAUGACUCCGUUAUGGACACGGACAGCCUGUGGGCGGAUACUCAAGAUGAUGAUAGGAGCAUCAUGACAGAACAGUUAGAGACUGUUCCUAAAGAGGAGAAAGCAGAGAGAGAAUUGCGAAGAUCAUCUCUCGAUAAGCAUAAAAAAGAGAAACCUUUUAAAACUGGGAGAGGCAGGAUUUCUACUCCUGAAAGAAAAAUAGCUAAAAAGGAACCUAGCACACUCUCCAGAGAUGAAGUGAGAAGGAAAAAAGCAGUGUAUAAGAAAGCUGAACUUGCUAAAAAAUCUGAAGUUCAGGCCCACUCUCCCUCCAGGAAAAUCAUUUUAAAACCUGCUAUCAAAUAUACUAGACCAACUCAUCUCUCCUGUGUUAAACGGAAGCAGACAGCGGCAGGUGGUGAAACAAACCAGGCUCCAGGUGUAUUUAAACAAGCAAAGGAAAAACUUUCAGAUGGAAUAACCAAGAGUCCAGAAAAGCGUUCCUCUCUACCAAGACCUUCCUCCAUCCUCCCCACUCGGAGAGGUAUAUCAGGAGACCGGGACAGAGAUGAGAAUUCUUUCUCCCUCAAUAGCUCCAUCUCCUCUUCAGUACGACGGACUACCCGAUCGGAGCCAAUUCGCAGCAGGACAGGAAAGAGUGGCACUUCUACGCCCACUACCCCUGGAUCCACUGCCAUCACUCCUGGUACCCCACCCAGCUACUCCUCCCGUACCCCAGGCACUCCUGGGACCCCAAGCUAUUCCAGAACCCCUCAUACUCCAGGCACUCCCAAGUCUGCUAUAUUGGUGCCCACUGAGAAGAAAGUCGCCAUCAUACGCACUCCUCCAAAAUCUCCAGCCACACCUAAGCAACUACGACUUAUUAACCAGCCUCUGCCGGACCUCAAGAAUGUCAGGUCCAAAAUUGGAUCGACAGACAACAUCCGGUACCAGCCAAAAGGGGGACAGGUUAGAAUUUUAAACAAGAAGAUCGAUUUUAGCGAUAUUCAGUCCAGAUGUGGUUCCAAGGAUAACAUCAAACAUUCUGCAGGGGGAGGAAAUAUACAAAUUGUAACCAAGAAAAUAGAUCUGAGCCAUGUCACUUCCAAAUGUGGCUCCCUGAAGAACAUCCGUCACAGACCAGGUGGGGGACGUGUGAAAAUUGAGAGUGUGAAACUGGAUUUCAAAGAAAAAGCUCACGCUAAAGUUGGUUCCCUUGAAAAUGCCCACCAUACACCUGGAGGUGGCAAUAUCAAGAUUGACAGCCAGAAGCUAAACUUCAGAGAGCAUGCUAAAGCCCGUGUAGAUCACGGGGCCGAGAUCAUUACGCAGUCACCAGGCAGGUCCAGCGUGCCUUCACCGCGCAGACUCAGCAACGUCUCAUCCUCUGGAAGCAUCAACCUGCUGGAAUCCCCUCAGCUUGCUACCCUCGCUGAAGAUGUCACGGCCGCCCUUGCUAAGCAGGGCUUAUGA